AUGGCGGUGAAAUGCUUACUCCGCAGCAGAGUUCACUUCCAACAACCACGUUUCUUCAGGUUCUAUUCUCCCAAUUCUUCCGCGUUGUUAUUGGAAGAUGAAACUCCAAAUUUCAAUGCUCCGGUUCCUAAAACCCCGACGAAAUUAUCUCGUUUGGUUGUUAAGGUGUUCAAGUCCUUAAACUGGGGGGUUGCAAGGGAAGUAAAGUUCAAAGGUUUGGUUCAAAGUCAUGGUUUUUAUCAUUCAAUCAAUUCCUUUAGAAUCAUCAUUCACACUUAUGCUUUGGCUGACAUGAGUUUGGAAGUGUUUAUUUUGCUUAGAGAUAUUGUUGGAUACUAUAAAGAGGAAAACCGAGAUGCGUCCGAGUUGUUUUCGGUUUUGCUUGAUUCACCACACCAUGUGAAAAGGUCUGAUGUUGUGUUUGAUAUGCUUAUGAAAGUUUUUGCUUCAAACUCUAUGCUUGAACAUGCCUAUUAUGUGUUUGUUAGUGCUAGGGAUGUUGGGGUUCAGCUUGAUAUAAUGGCUUGUAAUUUCUUGUUGAAGUGUUUGGUAGAAGCAAAUAGAGUGGAUGGUGUGAGAUGUUUCUUUGAGGAUUUGAAAAACUUUGGUCCAAAGAUGAAUAUCCACACUUAUACAAUCAUGAUGAACUUUUAUUGUAGAGAUGUUGGGUGCAGUGCUGAUAUUAGACGGGCUUCUGAGAUUUUAGGAAAAAUAUAUAGGAGUGGGGAAACCCCGACUGUUGUUACGUAUAGUACUUAUAUUAAGGGACUUUGUAAAGUUGGUUCUGUUGAGGUUGCGUUGAAGUUAAUUUGUGACUUGCACCGAAAAAACCAGCCUCUCAAUAGCCAUUGUUUUAAUGCUGUCAUAUAUGAAUUUUGUCAAAGAGGUGCAGUAGAUGAAGCUUCAAUUGUUUUGGAAGAAAUGAAAAACUCUGUAAUACUGCCCGAUGUUUAUAGUUAUAGCAUUUUAGUUGAUGCAUUUUGCAAGAAUGGAGAUGAUAAGAGAGCUAUUGACUUGAUGACAGAUAUGAAGCUCUACAGAAUAAAACCAUCCAUUGUUAGCUAUACUUCUCUCAUUCGCGGUCUAGGCAAGAAUAGGCCGAUGCAAAGCUUGAUGAAUAUUUUCCAUGAAAUCAGAGCUUCAGGUUGCAAAUAUGAUCAGAUUAUGUACGAAACUUUAGUUGAUGGAUUUUGCAGGAAAGGUGAUAUGCGUUCAGCCAUCAAUCUUCUGGAGGAGAUGAGUGACAAUAAUUUUGCUCCCUCUGCUUUUAGUUAUUGCAGUCUAAUUAGGGGGUUCUACAAAUUGAGACAAUUCACUAACGCAUUAAAAAUUUAUGGUAUCAUGCAAAAAAGGGGUUUCUGGCCAGAUACAAUCACUUGCAAUCAUAUUCUUAGUAUUUACUGCAGGGAACGUGAAUUCAGUAAAGCCUUGGCGUUGUCGAAGAAAUUCCAAGAACAUGGAGUUAACCUCAACCCAUAUUCAUAUAAUGAAUUCAUCCACAUGCUUUGUAGAGAACAUUUUCCAGAAAAGGCACUGCAGCUUCUGCCACUAAUGCUUAAAAAUAAUGUACUUCCUGGAGUUGUUAAUUAUAGCACGCUUAUAACUGGCUUUGUCAAACAUUCAAAUUCUAAAAAGGCCGUGAAGUUAUUCACAAGAAUGACAAAAGUAGGAAUCACUUUCAACGUCAGAACAUAUACAUUUCUUAUGGACCGAUGUAUCCGUAAUUGCAAAAGACGUUUAGCAUACUACUUAUUUGAGGAAAUGAAAGAAAGGGGUGUAUAUCCAGAUCAGAAAGCAUAUAAUACUCUAAUAAUUGCCUUUUGUAAUGCUGAAGAGAUGAUUAUGGCACGGGCAUUAUAUUAUGAAAUGUUGCGGGAUGGCUGUUCACCAGAUGUAAUUACUUAUACUAGUUUGAGUAAUGCAUAUUGGAAGUUAAACAUGAUAGACCAGGCUCAUACGUUGUAUGACGAAAUGAGGGCAACUCUUUUGUCCUGA